CCUGCAAGAGACAAAAGAAAUAACAAUUAUGAAGUUCUUUCUGAAAGCCUGGGUCUGUCUUUUUUUAUUUUGCAUUUUGCUGGUUAUUUUAGCUAUGUAUUCAGUUUCAAAUGUUAAUGAGAUUGAUUCAGUUGUGGAUCAUAAAUCUCUGAUGUCCUUACAGUUUCUCUGGUCAAACAUUACAAUGAAAAGAGACUUUCAAAUCCUUAAUGAUGGAAAAUAUGUUUACACGUUGGAUUUGAGACAGUACAGAGAGGAAUUUCCCUACCUACAAGAUUACAAAUGUAAUAAGGUAUCAGAACCAAAGAACUUAUGCACCAGAUCUGCUGGUUUUGUGAAUUUAAUCUUAGCAAUUAAAAGCUACCCAGGCUCUUUUGAUCGAAGACAUGCCUUAAGGAAGACAUGGGCCCAGCCUCAAGUAAUUGAAGACUUUCUCAUUAACCCAGUGUUUCUCAUGGCAACUACAAGCAACCAUACUGAAAUGAUACUUGUAGAAAAAGAAAUGCUCAAGUACCAGGAUAUUAUUCUGUGGGAUUUCAUGGAAAGUCAUGCAAAUCUGUCUUUAAAAGAAUUGUGUUUUCUUGAGUGGAUGAUGUACAACUGUGUAACAGACUUUGUUUUUAAAGGUGAUGAUGAUGAAUUUGUUUAUCCUCCUGCUAUUGUUAAGUUUCUAAAGAGAACCCCAGACGCUUCAAGUUUUAUUCAUGGAAAUCUCCGAGUCCAUACUGAAGUCUUGCGAAAAGGGAAAUAUAGAAUAAGUUAUCAGUUAUACUCUAUGGAUGUCCUGCCGACAUUUGUAUCAGGUGCUGGAUUCAUCAUUCCAGGCAUAUUAAUUCCAUCUCUCUAUCGUGCUGCCACAGUUCUGCCUGUCUUUCCUCUAGACGAUGUCUAUUUUGGAUUUCUGGCCAUUAAAGCCAAUAUAAACCUGAAGCAUGGACAUGGGUUCUAUUGUUGGGGGCUAAAGUUUGAUGCUUGUAAAUAUCGAAAUGCAUUGCUUGUGCACAGUUUAUUUGAAUAUGAUGAAAAGGGAAUGUCACCAGAACAACUCUUGGAUGUAUGGGAAAAAGUGAUUACAAAAGAAAAUUGUACAGACUAACAAUUUUAUUUUCAGGUUAAAAGCACUUGAAGAACCAAUUAGGAUAGAUUAAGUUAAAAAUGUUUUUAAUAAUACAGUAAAAGGAUAGAUCCAUAUAUUUUCUAUUUAAAGUUUGUGUGUGCUUUUAUGAGCUACAAUGUGUUCCUUCACAAAUGUUUACUUAUUGUUACAGCUUUGUAAUAUAGUUUCAUUUAUUUUUAUUUUAAAGUAAAAUUGAUAAACUAAAACUUUUUUAAAUCUAGUAUCAUUAGAUAGCUUUGCCUUCUGUAAAUUUUUCUUUUGUAUGGUAAUAAUGUUAAGCUAAGAGUACAGUGAAAUUCUAACUCGUGUGCAACACAUCACCACUCGCCAGCACCAUGAUGACCAAAAUACAGAACUUCUUUUUCUUUUGAUUGUUAAACAUUAAGUAUAUAUUUAAAUAUGCUAUUCACAGAUUCAGUCAAAUAUUGUUGCACAUUUCUUGCUAUUGACUGUUACUGUUCAUUUUCAUUGUUAUGUCUAGUAACCUGUUGGCCAUGUGAAAUUACUUUGGUUUGGACAAGGU